AUGAUGAACCUUUCCACCUCUAAAUCUUUCUAUGUUUGUUCUUUCCUAGUUUUGUUUUAUCCAUUUGUUGUGACAGCUACAUUUAAAUCUCGUUAUAAAAACUACACAUUUCCUGCUUUAAUUGCAUUUGGUGAUUCAGUCUUGGAUACAGGUAACAACAAUUAUAUUGAAACAAUAUUGAAGUCGGAUUUCAAACCAUACGGUAAAGAUUUUAUCGGAGGAGAAGCGACAGGAAGAUUUAGCAACGGAAAAAUCCCGUCAGAUUUUUUCGCUGAAUACUUUGGAAUUAAGGAGCUUGUGCCGCCCUAUCUUAAUCCGAAUUUGACUACUGAAGAACUCUUAACUGGAGUGUCUUUUGCGUCGGCUGGUUCAGGAUAUGAUCCUCUAACAAUUGAACUAGCAUCAGUGUUGUCAACAGAGGAUCAACUAGAAAUGUUCAAGGACUAUAUAGCAAAAUUGAAGGAAAUUGUGGGGGAGAAUAGAACAACUGAGAUUAUAAAAAAUAGCUUACUAAUCAUAAGUAUGGGAAGCAAUGAUAUUUCAGGAACAUAUUAUACGUCACCAUUCAGAAAGGAUGAGUAUGAUAUAGAAAAUUAUACAACUAUGCUCAUUAGUGCAUCUUCAAAUUUUGUUGAGGAACUUUAUCAAUUGGGAGCGAGAAGGAUGGGAGUAUUCAGUUUACCACCAAUAGGAUGUUUGCCGCUGCAAAGAACUGUAAAAGGAGGCAUAGAUAGAGAUUGUGUAGAAAUUGUAAAUGAGGGAGCAUUGAUUUUCAACUCCAAGCUUUCUUCUUCACUUGUGGAUUUAGGAAAAAAGCAUCCAGAUUCUAGGCUUGUUUACCUUGAAAAUUAUAAGGAAACGCAUGAGAUUAUCUCAAACCACACUCACUAUGGAUUUGAAAAUGAGGAUGCUGCAUGCUGUGGAAUAGCAAAUAUAGAACUUGGUCCACUGUGUAGUUCUUUCACGUUAAAAGUUUGUGCAAAUACAUCUGAAUAUGUGUUCUGGGACAGUUAUCACCCCACAGAAAGAGCUUACAAAAUAAUUGUGAAACAAGUCUUAGAUAACAAGAUAGAUGAGUUUCUUUGA